AUGGAGGAUCAACUCGGGGCGCCCAUCCGGAGGGCCGAUGCGGCGAAGCCCUUGCCCAAGGAUAUGAGCCACCACUACUCCGAUGUCACCAAGGCUCGCGUGCCCAGUAAGAUGAAGGAGUACUACAAGUACUUCCUGAUUCCUGGCAUCGGUCAACUCGCUGGAGGUCUUCCGAAUGCCCGCUUCUUUCCCUUUGACACCCUCGAGGCGCAGACGGCCAGGCCCGACAGAUGGACGCCCUCGCCGAACCACCCGAGCGCCGAAUCGCUGUCGACCCAGCUGGCUUCCUCCUCCAUCUCCGGCGCAAAGUCCAAGGCGGACCCCUCCAUAGCUUCACACAUCACAGUCCCGCAGUUUGCUAGUGCAUCGGAUCCGUUGAAGAAGAUCGAUCUGGCCUCGGCGCUCCAGUAUGGGCAGGCAAAUGGCUAUCCGCCUCUCCUGUCGUUCAUCCGCCAGUUUGCGCGCGACUGUCUGCACCCCAAUGUGCCCUACCAAGGCGGCCCGGAAGUCAUCUUCACCGAUGGCUCCACAGAUGGCAUGGCGAAGACGUUGGAGCUGUUCAGCAACCACUGGGUGCCCGGGAAGAAUGAUGUUUCCGAAAGGCCUGGCCUGCUGAGCGAGGUCUUCAUGUACGGAAACGUCCUGAGUCAGGCCUCACCCAGAGGUAUCCAAAUCGUCGGUGUUGAGAUGGACGAGGGCGGUAUGGCUGUUGAGGGCCCUGGGGGCUUGGAGGACGUGCUUGGGAACUGGGACUACAGCAAGGGAAAGCGGCCACACAUGAUGUAUACUGUGACGAUGGGCCACAACCCUACUAGUGGUGUCCUCUCCCUGGAGCGGCGCAAGGAGAUUUAUGCGGUCUGUAGCAAGUAUGAUGUGAUCAUCAUCGAGGAUGAUCCCUAUUGGUACCUCCAGUACCCUUCAGCAGAGCGCGAGGAGGCGAAGGCUCGUGGUCUACCGAUUCCGGAACCAAAGGCCGCCAACACGUUGCAGAAGAAGUCGGGCUAUCCGUUCCUGGACUCUCUCGCUCCAUCGUUCCUGAACGUCGACACCGACGGCCGCGUUGUUCGCCUCGAUACCUUUUCCAAGACUGUCGCCCCUGGAUGCCGCGUGGGUUGGAUCACCGCCGCCCCGGAGAUCAUCGAGCGUGUGCUCCGCAUCAGCGAGGCCUCGACCCAACAACCUUCGGGUUUCGUGCAGUCCGUGCUGGCCGAGUCGCUCAUUGGCUCCCAACCCGAGGCUAUCGCGCGCUUCGCCUCGCGGUCCGCCCGGGACAAGGUCACCUUCUCGGGCUGGCAGAUGGACGGCUGGGUGCGCUGGCUGGCCGGCCUGCGCGGCAUGUACGAGCGCCGCAUGAACCGCAUGUGCUCCAUCCUCGAGGAGGGCGCGUACCAGCUCAAGCAGUCGACGCCCGUCCGCGACGCCGACUCGGACUGGGGCGUCAUCUCCAAGACCAAGCUGUACGAGUUCGACUGGCCGCGCGGCGGGAUGUUCCUGUGGCUGCGCAUGCGCUUCGAGAAGCACCCGCUGUGGCAGGCGACCGGCUCCAAGGGCAACGUCAUCAACGGCACCGCCCUGUCGACGGCCCUCAUGGUCUUCCUGACCACCAAGCCCUAUCUGGUGCUGGUGAGCCCCGGCAUGAUGUUCAGCGCCACGCCCAAGAUCCGCGAGGAGCGCGGCUGGGCCUACUUCCGACUAUGCUUCGCCGCCGAGAGCGAGGAGAACAUCGACAAGUGCUCCGAGCGCUUUGUCCAGGGCGUGCAGAAGUUCUGGCGGAUCAAGAAGGUCAAGGAGCUCGAAGAUAUCCUGAGCGAGACCGAGGCCGCCAGUGCCCAAGACAACGAAGGUCUAAUUGACUUUGGCAGCUGGAUGGGAUGUUAG